CUGGUUUGACGAUGACCUAACCAUUAAUUCACAUUAUUGAUUGUCAUCUCUGCAACUAAACUUACAGCGCACGUAUUAAACCCAAAUACAUAUCAAUAUAUUGGGCUAAACAACGUAUUCGAAAAGACGCAGGAUUUGGACAAAACCGCCCCAAAAUGCUGGGUUUGGAGUCGGAUCGAAUUUUCACCGACCCUCGAGUCGUGUUUGAAGUUUUGUCGGACGAUAACGACUCGUCUUUUAUGUCGGAGUUCUGUGGCGGGAAGUUUUUUGACGUGAGUUUACUAAACGGUGACUGGCCUCAAUUUACGCCAUGUUUUCAAGCUACAAUUCUUAUGUGGGCUCCCCCAUUUAUGCUGCUGUUGUUCCUGAUACCCUACUUAUACGGAACCUUUACUGGGGUUCAAAAGUACAAGACUAUAAAACCCUCUUGGAUGUACUACUCUAAACUAAUUCUAAGUGUGGUUCUGGCUCUAAUAGCUUUUUCGGACUCUGGACAAGCUGGGGAUCCUUUGCACAACUACCAGGCGUACAUCAUCGGUCCCCUGAUUCGAGGAGCUGCAUUCUUGGUCACAUGUUUUAUCAUUGAGCUGGACAGGUGCUAUGGAAGACAUAACAACGGAUACCUUUGCGUGUUUUGGUUGAUACAAGUCUUCAGUGGGAUCAUCCCGUUUUACUCCGAGGCAAAACAACAGGCCUUCAGUGAUUACUGGCAUGUAUCUUUUUACAUACAGUUCUCUCUCUGGUGUGUCCAACUGGUUCUCAGUAAUUUCGCCGAAAAGAUGGAAGUUCUGCCUGAAAUGGUGUCGGAAAAGCAUCCAGUACCAUGUCCGGUCAACUUCGCACCAUUUUUCUGUUAUACCACUUUUCAAUGGCUGGAUCUUUUGAUGUGGAGGGGCUGGAAAAAGUACGUCACUGAAGAAGAUUUGUGGGAGAUCAACCCGGAAAAUAAAGUCGACCCUCUUUACAGCAGAUUCAACCAACUUUACCAAAAGGAAAAAGCGAAACAAGAGAAGAAACGAAAAGUUUGGGAGGCGCGUGAAAACAUCAACAACACAUCGAGCGAGUUCGGAACUUUUACAGGUCAAAACAACGGCUACAUGCAUUUGCAGGACGAUACGACGGAAGCAUCGCACCGAUCCGAGCGAGGUGUUUUCGGCAACAUUCAGUUCCUUCUAAACCGACGUAAAGUCGCCGACCCCAAACUUAAGUUCCGACCUUCCGUAUUUGUUGUUCUAGUCAAACAAUUCGGCCCUGAAUUGUUGAAAGCCUGGUCGUGUAAGUUCUGCUACGAUUGUUUGCAGUUCUGUAAUCCUCAAGUUCUGAACUUACUUAUUGAUUUCACAAGUGACGACAGUCAGCCUAUUUGGAAAGGUUUGAUUUACAGUGUUGCGUUUUUAAUGAUAGCCGUAUUCUCAUCCCAGUUUUUCCAUCAACUUUUCUUUAUCGGAAUGACAGUUGGUAUGAAUAUGAAGUCUGCGAUUAUUGCCGCUGUGUACAGGAAGUCGUUGGUUAUCAGCAACGAAGCCAAAAGGUCAUCAACUGUCGGAGAAAUUGUGAAUUUGAUGGCUAUUGAUUCAGAUCGAGUGAACCUUGCCAUAGGGUAUCUUUGGGUUAUCUGGUCCGCUCCGUUCCAGAUAGUCCUGGCCCUGAUAUUCCUCUGGUUCCAAGUGGAGUGGGCAGUCUUUGGCGGAAUCGCUGUCAUCAUGAUCUCAUUCCCUGUCAACUUUUUCCUGGCGAAACUUCAGCGGUCUCUCCAAGUUGGUCAGCUUAAGUUCAAAGACAAACGUAUUAGACAAAUGGGAGAAAUUCUGAACGGAAUCAAAGUAAUCAAACUAUACGCCUGGGAGAUUCCGUUCCUGAAACGAAUCUUCGGAACCCGAACGAGCGAAGUCGGAUAUUUGUACAAAGCUGCGUAUCUCAACGGUGUGAACACCUUCACAUUUACCUUGAUGCCUUUUCUCGUUUCAAUAGUUACUUUCAUGGUUUACGUGUACGGCCUCGGAAAACCUCUGACCUCAAGUAAAGCUUUCGUGACUCUCGCUCUCUUUAACAUUUUAAGAGCGCCUCUAAACAUGCUGCCUAUGUUGAUCGCCUUUUUAGUACAGGCCUCAGUUUCGCUGGACCGAAUCUCGAAGUUUUUGGAUAACUCGGAGAUCGAUACCACUGCCAUUGAACAAAAUCCAGAUGACGAGUACCCUCUAAAAAUGACAAACUGUGACAUGACUUGGGUCAACGAGCCGGAAUCGAACGGCGAAAUCCCCAGAACCUUGACUGACAUCAACUUCAAAGUCAAAACCGGAUCUCUCACAGCUGUAGUAGGAUCUGUAGGUUCUGGCAAGAGUUCUCUCAUCUCUGGGUUCCUCGGAGACCUUGCGAAGCUUAAGGGAACCAUCAACGUCUACGGUGAUCUCGCCUACGUCUCGCAGCAGGCGUGGAUCCAAAACUUGACCUUGAGACAAAAUAUCUUGUUCGGAAAACGGUUCCGAGAGGAGAAGUACCGAAAAGUAGUGGAGGCUUGCGCUUUGAAACCCGACUUGGAAAUUUUACCGGGCGGUGAUCAAACUGAAAUCGGAGAAAAAGGAAUCAAUUUAAGUGGUGGUCAAAAACAAAGAGUAAAUAUCGCACGAGCAGUGUAUCAAAACAGUGACAUUUACUUGUUCGACGACCCCCUGAGCGCUGUGGACGCUCAUGUUGGCAAACAUCUUUUUGACAAAGUGGUCGGACCCUACGGAAUACUACAGAGCAAAACUAGAGUUCUAGUAACUCAUGGUCUAGCCUUUCUAAAACAUGUGGAUCAUGUUGUGUUUAUGAAAAAUGGAAAAAUUGAAGCGCAAGGCCAAUUUUUGGAUCUAGUCGAGGAAUGUGCACCAUUUCAGGAGUUCAUAAAGUCAGCUAAUUUGUCGGACGACGAUAAGAAUAGUCUAAAUAUCGAUGAUCUUUCUUCGAACGAGGAACGAAGACACUCGUUCACGCCUUCAAUGGCGUCUGAUACAUCUGAUAUUGGAGUUACGAAGCCCGAAAUGUUCAAAGCCGAAUACAGCAAGAAACUGAGAAAGCGUCGGCCAAGUGCGACAAUUUCGAUUUUCGACGAAGAGAUGAACCACGAUGCUGAUUUGAAAGACGUGGCUGCGAUGGAGAAAGAGAAAAAGAAGGAGGACGAGGGGCGCUUGACCGAAAAGGAGGUGGCAGAAGAAGGAAACAUAAAACUGUCCAUUUUCGUGAACUACGUCAAAUCGAUCGGAAUACCCGCAUUUUGCGUGGCGUUUACCCUAUUCAUUCUCUAUCAAGUAGCAAAUGUUUUUGCCCAGAUCUGGCUGUCAUCUUGGAGCGAUUGGACCGACAACCAAUUAUCAGCUAAUUUGAGCACAACAGGAGCAAAACUAAACGAGUACACCAUAAUAUAUGGAGCUGCAGGCUUAUGUCAAACUGGAUUUAUUCUUGGCUAUGCUCUGACCUUUUGCGUGGCUCUUGUGUCGGCUUCUGUGAAACUUCACGCGACACUUUUGAACAACAUUAUGAGGUGUCCGAUGUCCUUUUUCGACGCAGUUCCAAGCGGCAGAAUCAUGAACCGGUUUUCUAAAGAUGUCGAAACGACAGAUAAUACACUGCCUCAAUCCGUGCGGCAAUUUGUCAUGACUAUGUUCACAGUUUUGCAGACAUUUAUUGUAAUAACAUACACCACUCCGAUUUUCCUGGUGUUUUUGAUCCCGUUGACGUUUGUCUACUACUUCGUGCAGAGGUUCUAUGUCAGGACCUCGCGACAACUGAAACGAGUCGAGUCCACGACUAGAUCUCCUAUCUUCAACCACUUCUCGGAAACUCUUACAGGAACUUCCGUGGUGCGCGCGUACCAAGCGGAGGACCGCUUCAUCCAAGAAAACUCGCAGCGAGUGAAUGAGAACAACAUCUACUACUUCUCAGGAACAGUUGUUGCCGCCAGGUGGCUCGGAAUCCGACUCGAGUUCCUCGGGGCUCUGAUCGUGUUCGCCGCUUCUCUCCUCGCUGUGUUGAGUCGGGACGACUUGCAGUCGGGUCUGGUGGGAUUGGCUGUCAGCUCCAGUCUCAGUGUCACUGGUGCUCUGAAUUGGAGUGUGCGUAUGAUGUCUGACCUGGAGACGUACAUAGUGAGUGUGGAGAGGGUUAGAGAGUACAGUGAAUUAGAGAGUGAGGCUGAUUGGGAGACGAGAGAGAUCGAGAGGAGGCCGGAGCCAGAAUGGCCGACAGAGGGAAAGGUCGUCUUCAAACACUACUCCACCAGAUACCGAGCGGACCUUGACUUGGUGCUGAAAGGAAUUUCUUUCUCAAUAACACCCGGGGAAAAGGUUGGCAUUGUCGGAAGAACCGGUGCUGGUAAGAGCUCUCUUACCCUGGCUCUUUUCCGAAUCAUAGAACCCGCUGGAGGCGCAAUCGAAAUAGACGGCAUCAGCAUCGCCGAACUUGGCCUGCACGACUUGAGGCCGAAGUUGACAAUUCUCCCGCAGGACCCGGUGCUGUUCUCGGGAUCUCUGCGCGACAACAUCGACCCGUUCGGACAUUACAAUGACACUCAAAUAUGGGACAGUUUGAAAAACGCUCAUUUGCAAGAAUCAAUUUCGAAGAUUGAGGCUGGACUGGAUUAUGACGUAGGGGAGGGGGGAAUGAAUUUGAGUGUUGGCCAGAGACAAUUGGUUUGUCUGGCCAGAGCUCUGCUGCACAAAACCCUAAUUCUGAUCCUGGACGAAGCGACUGCUGCUGUCGAUUUGCAGACCGAUUCUCUCAUCCAGGACACAAUACGAGAAGAGUUUAAGGAGUGCACUGUUUUGACAAUCGCCCACAGACUGAACACAAUUCUGGACUAUGACCGAGUGAUGGUUUUAAGCGAUGGACUAAUCAAAGAGUUCGACAACCCACAGAAACUCAUGGCAGAUCCCAACUCCCAGUUUCACAGUAUGGCUCUGGACGCAGGAUUGCUCUCGAAUCAGCAGGGAGGCUCCGGUACCAGGACUCCGGAAUCUACUUCGACGCCCGAAGAACGUUUGUCGUCUUAACCAGGCGACUACAUUGCCAGUUUGAUUGUGUGCAUUCUUUCGUUCUUGUUUGCGUAUUUACAAGUUGACGUAGAAAAAGUUGAUUAUUUAGAAGGUAUUUUCUGUAAAUUUCGAU